GUGGGGGGGUAGUGCUUGUUAACAGUCUGAAUGGCCCACAGGAAGAAGCUGUUUGUGAGUGUGGUGGUGUGGGACCUGAUUGCCCUGACCCACUGCCCUUUGGGCAUCAAGGGGUCACCUGUGAUGGCCCUGGUUUUCGUGAGACAGGAGGAGCUGGCAUGGCCUCCAGGAGUGGCAGAUGAAAGUUGUUUCUCAGUUAUGGCCCCUAUGUAGAGCAUGCCCUCCAGACGAGCAUUACAAGGCCAGCAGCAGUUUCUCGUCCGGGGUUGUUCUUCCUCGGGACACAAAGAAAGUGUAGCCACUGUUGGGCCUUCUUCACCUGAGCAUUGGUGUUGUGGGUCCAGGUGAGAUCCGCGGAGAUGUGGGUUUCCAGAAAGGGGGAGACAGAUUCCCCCCGUUCAACAUUUAUAAUCAAAGGGAGUGGACCUGUCUGUGCCUCCUGAAGUCCAUUAUGAGUUCUUUUGUUUUAAGGAUGUUCAGCUUCAGGUUUUUUCUGAGCAUCAGCUGGAAAAAUUCUCUACCUCCACCCUGUAUGCUGUCUCAUCUCCAUUAGAGAUGAGCCUACUCACGGUGGUGUCAUCAGCAUACUUGAAGAUGAUGUUCAUUGGGUGGAUUGAUGCACAAUUAUGUGUGUACAUGGAGUAAAUUAGGGGGCAGAGAAUACAGCCCUGCGGAGAUUUGAUGCUGAGUGACAGUUGGGCGAAGAGUUGGAGGCAGUCUGACUGACUGAGGAAAUCUUUGAUUGAGUAGCAUUUGGCAAGGGGGACACGAAGGUGGAUCAGUUUGGUGCACUGCACGAUGGAAACACUGGUCAGGUCAAUAAAGGAAUUCCCACCUAUAGAAGAAUGGAAGGAGAAAGCAUCAGAGUCGAAUGCAAAUUUUCUUACUCUGGAACCAACAAGCUCUUCUGUAAGGGAAAAUGUGAAAAACAAAAUAUCCUAAUUGAAACAACAAAGAACUCAGCUAAAAAUGGCAGAUACAGCAUUCAGUAUGUAAAAAAUAGUUUUCUGUCAUCUGAUAUUCUGUAUGUGAGCAUCGCACAGCUGAAAAAGUCUGACACAGGACCAUACAUGUGUCAUUCGACCAAAACUUGGGAUGGAAAUCUGAGCCAUGAGUUUUAUAUUCUUGUCACAGAAGGCUCAACAACAAAAACAGAAAUAGCAACAACAUCAACAACAUCAACAACAACAACAAUACCAACAACAGAGAGUUCAGUCUUCAGUUCAGAAAGUGCUGGAGUUUCAUCAGUGUCCCCCGAAACCUCAAAACAGCCCGAGAGAUCGCCUGCAAGUUCAGCUACUGCAGGUAUGCUUCCUUAUGUGGGACUGUUUCUGGCCAUUAUGAUCAUCCUCUUCUCGGCAGCUUUGCUGAUUUUCUGCAAGAACAAGAGGGCCAGUAAACACAAAGGACCUCCUUUGGAAAAUGAAAAUGGUGACAUCACACAGGUGAACCAGCUCUAUGAAGAGGUCAGAGAAAUGGACAAUUUACCUCCCAUGGGUAUGUCCUCAGUUUACACGUACCCCAAAUACUCCCAAUCACAUGGAUUUGAAAACAUAGACUUCCACAGCCUCAGCACCCCUCCUCAGAACAAAGCUGAAGAAAACUCAAGUACUCUUCAUUACUCUGAAGUCGAUUUUUCCCACAUUCCUGCCACCAACAACGCUCCACCUCAUAAUGCAACUGAUGUUGUUUACUCCACACCUGUGGUACAUACCAGCCCUUCCAACCACACCAAAGAUUCUUCAUCUCCUCUGUACUCAGCAGUUAAAAAACGGUAUUAAUGCUGCCGAUGGCACCUUCCCUCUCACAAAGAUCAACCGGUGAUCGUAAUUCAUACAAAAUGAGGUUCUUUUCUGCUUAUUUAAGUGAACUGAAUGUUCAAACAAUUAGCCUCAGAUUAAUUUAUUUAAUUAUUUAGUUAUAUCUACUUUAACUUAACAGACAACUAAUUGCAUGCAUACUUUUUGGAAACUGGAGUAUUUUUCAUUAAGAAAUACAGGAAAACCCAACUGACUUGGAACAUCCGUGGCUGUAUGAGAGCAUGCAGUGGUCUCAGGUCAGGCAGCAGGUUGUUCUUGGAGGGACAUCCAUAAAUGGAGUUAGCAAAACGGCUUCUUUCACAUGUAGAAAUUUACAUCAAGCGGUUUCUUUCUUGCCCAAACCUAACAAAACUGAGACUGAAAAGUAAAUAAUGGCAUGAAAAUCUGCACAAAACUCAAAAACAUUCUGUCAGAAAACCCUAAAGACAAGUUCCACUAGUGACAGUUUCCGUUUUCUUUCUGUUGGCAAUGUAAACAAGCAAAAACAAACAAACAAACAAA